AUUAGGGGGCUCGAGGACUGCCGGCUCUGCGUCACGUAUAUAGACCAGCGAGGUCGCUGGUGUGCGGCGCAGCAGCGAAUCCGUUUACCGUUCGGACAGAAAUCUGGAACGCCACGCCCCCUCGUAUUCGCGUUUUGUUUACAAGAAGAAGCUUUUUUUGUAGUACAGCCAUAAGGAAGGAGGGCCUUCUUAUCAUCUUCUCUUCGAACGCAGGUUCCUUCCUAUCGUUAUGGGUUCGAUGAAGAUCUUCAAUUGAAAUUAGGAAAUGAUUGAUGCUGUAGAUUCAUGUUUUUAAGGGCUUUGACUCUUCCCCAACUCCCUAGAUAGAAGAUGGCGUGGUUUUGAACUAGAAUCAUCUGAUUUGCUUAAGAUGGUUUCAUCUGGUAACGGGAAAUUCACUGAUGAAAUUCAGGAAGAUAGAGUGCCAGGUAGAAUUGGAAAUGGUUAUAACGCCACCGAUUCUGUCUCUCUUCACAUCUCGACAUCUCAAAGAGGGUUGCUGGGACAGAAAAUCCCCAAAAAGGGGUUUCUAAGUAUUUUGACGGCCCUUCCUAGCAAAGCAGGGUUUAUGAAAUUCGGAUCCCGUCGCAUUCUAUCUUCUCCUUCUUCCAAAUUCCGACGGAUUGCUGAGGAAAGAGAUGAGAUUUCACGUUCUGUUGCCGUUUCUCCUAGCUCUCAGGGUCCCCAAAACGUUAUCAGUGUACCGUUUGUUGGGAAGAUAGAUUGGGUGUCUUUAAAGAAAUUGUGCAAGGAAUGGAUACGAGAUCCCAUGAAUAUGGCUCUUCUUGCUUGGAUCAUAUGCGUUGCCGUCUCUGGUGCCAUCCUCUUCCUUGUCAUGACUGGGAUGCUGGAUCAUGCUUUGCCGAAGAAAGCCCAAAGAAACACUUGGUUUGAAGUAAAUAAUCAAAUCCUCAAUGCUCUCUUUACUCUCAUGUGUCUGUAUCAGCAUCCGAAACGGUUCUACCACCUCGUGCUGUUAUGCAGAUGGAGACCGGAUGAUGUCCUAAAACUCAGAAAGAUAUACUGCAAAAAUGGCACAUAUAAACCUCAUGAGUGGAUGCAUAUGAUGGUGGUUGUAAUUCUUCUUCAUGUGAACUGUUUUGCUCAGUAUGCUUUGUGUGGUCUUAACUUAGGAUUUAGGAGAUCAGAACGGCCUGCAAUUGGAGUUGGCCUUUGUAUUUCUGUCGCUAUUGCAGCCCCGGCUAUUGCUGGUGUGUACAGCAUCCUUAGCCCUCUUGGGAAGGAAUAUGAAUCAGAAACAGAUCACGAAGCACAGAAUCAGGUUGUGGGAAUUGACAGUGACAAACCAAUGCAUCUCAGGGCGAAGUCGUUCCAGAAGAGAUAUUCGUUUGUAUUGAAAGACAGUCAGCUGACCCCAGAGAGUAGGCCAGAGUGGAGAGGUGGAUUGUUUGAUUUGUGGGAUGAUAUUUCAACAGCAUAUCUUUCGCUGUUUUGUAGUUUCUGUGUUUUUGGAAGGAAUAUGGAGAGGCUUGGGUUUGGGAAUAUGUAUGUUCACAUUGCGACGUUUCUACUGUUUUGCAUGGCUCCCUUUUGGAUCUUUAACUUGGCAGCCAUCAAUAUCGAUAACGAGGUUGUUAGAGAGGCACUGGGGAUGACGGGUAUUGUGCUAUGUGUAUUUGGUUUGCUAUAUGGCGGGUUUUGGAGGAUUCAGAUGAGGAAGAGAUUCAACCUUCCAGCUAACGAUUUCUGUUGUGGUAAUCCAGCUGUAACUGAUUGCAUGCAGUGGCUUUGCUGUUGCAUGUGUUCCCUUGCUCAGGAGGUGCGGACUGGGGAUUUCUACGACGUUGAAGAAGAUAGGCUUUACAGGAAGCAUACAGAAGACAGCAUCCAGCCCACACUAUCUCCUCUAGUCCGCGAAGAUCGGUCACCUUUAUUUCAAUCGAGCCCAAGCUCCCCGCUUUGGAACAACACCAGCCCAUCUAGAUUGAGGAUGGGGAACUCGCCGACUCCAAUCUGGUUGGUCAAUGGGUAUGGGCUGGAUGGGCAGUUACCUGCAGUGGACGAAGAGUCGUCUGUUAGAGGGAUAUUGACACCUCCUGUAAUGUCAUCGAUACGACGAGAGGAUGAUCAUCAACGGCCAAUUUAAAUGUUGUUGGAAGGUACAAUUUGCAUGGAGUGGAGGUAUAUUUGAUUGUAAGUGUAUUUUGUUCCCAGAUCUUUUGUAUUUUCUGUACUUUCUGUUGUAACGGUACGGAAUUUGUAGAUUGCGCGCUUGAGCAGAAACUGAUAUGGUUCUAGCAAUUAUAGUUUUCUCAUGAUUCUUGCUUC